AGCAAAUGGCAGCAGCAGCAGCAGCUAGCUCACUGUGCUGGGGAGGCAGUCCCUGCUGUAGUACUCAGCUGCUAUGCCACCAGGUUUAUUAUUAACCAUGUUGGACAUCUGGGGACAGACCAGCGUUGCUCAGCCCUCUGCAGGAUUCCAGUUAUAUGAAGAUGUGAAGACAGACUUUCUACAAGCAGUAACCAACCUUAUAGAGUAGACGGCAACUUCAGUUACAGGAGCAGCAACAUUUCAUCGGCCUGUUUAUCACCAAGCACUUAUGUGGUGACUGGCAACCAUGCCUACAAUGACAGAGUAAACCUAUCUAAUAAAGGAAACCAUGGGAACUCAAAAGCCUUCAAGAGCAAGUUAGAGAACAUUUUCUCCUCUGUAAGCAGCUCAUCUGAUUGGUCUCCUGCUCAUUCAGUUAGUUCACAAUCCAGUGUUCAAAAGAGUUUUGAUGAGUCUCCAUACUAUAUUCCAACAUCGCCAGAAACUAAAUCUGCUUACGAUGAAGAUAGUGUAUAUGAGACGUAUCCGUUUACUGAUGAGCAAUGUAAUGAUACUGUAUUUGUGAGUGAUACUGACAGUCCUGCAACAACUAGUUAUCUGUGGUCCUUUGACAAUAUGGAUAACCCUGACACAGAGAGAGAUGUCUACGGCAGGGAGGACACACAUCCAAUAGAAAGCGAUGGAGUAUAUGUAAAUGUCCCCCAUAUUGAGGAACCUGUGUAUGACGAACCAGAGGGUUUUGAAAGAAUUGUUCAACCGUCUGUUGAAAAGUUGGACACAAUUCAGCCCAAAGACGAGGAGGAACCUGUGUAUGAUGAAGCAGAGGGUUAUGGAAGAAUUGCUCAACCUGCUGUUAAAGAGUUGAUCUCCACAGAAGUAUCUUAUGUUAAAUUUCUGCUUCUUCUUACGGACACAAUUCAGCCCAAACUGGAGGAGAUUCGUGAAGUUGAUGUGAAAAGUUUAUUCUCCAAUCUGAAUGAAAUCCUUCUGGUCCACGAAUCAUUUCUAAAUGAGCUGAAAAAAACAGAACAAGAUCAACAAAACCAGCUUAUCCGUAUUGGAAGUCUUUUUCAGGAAUUCAGCAAAGAUAUGGAAAAUGUAUAUACUGUAUAUUGUUCUACAUAUACCAGAUCCACGUCACUGUUACAGUACUACCAAGAGAUACAUGUAGCUGAGUUAAUCCAAAAUGCCAUUAAAUCAGCAUUGAGUGGCUCACCUUCACAUUAUACAGAUCUUACCUUCUACCUUAUCAUGCCUGUGCAACGUAUCACUAAGUAUCCACUGUUACUGCAGAAUAUCUUGAGCACAGUCACACAGAACAAAGAGUCAUCGGAGGCGUUGCAGAGAGCCCGCAACACCAUGGAGGAGGUGAAUGCCAACAUCAAUGAAAAUAAGAGACGCAAAGAAGUUGCCGGUAAGUACCUGAGGUCAGACCAGCGAACCAUAAGGGAAAAGAUGUCGACUCUAAACACUCACACUCUGACUAAGAAGUCUCAACGCAUAAGUCAGUUCCUAAAACAGCAGACCGGCAUAGUACCCAAGAGAGAAGACAAAGAGUUUGAUAGUCUGGCCGAUCGGUUUUAUAGACUGGCAGCUGUGGUUAGCAAAAUGGAAGAAAAUGUCAUAUCAUAUGUGAAGAAUGUGGAGGAAUAUUUUCUCAUCCAGCCUGAGACAUAUCCAAUGGAGCAUCUACAUGGUUCAAUCCAUCCAUUGAAUGGAUACAUAUUAGAACUCCAUAAUGGCAUCUACCCAGCAUUUAAAAGAAGACUACAAAUAAUGGUCCUGCAGCCUCUUAGUAACCUUUCAGAAUGUUUAAAGGGGCCAAAGCACUUGAUCCGUAAGAGAAUGGACAAACUUUUAGACUAUGAAAACCUGGAGGAGAAGCACAGUGAGACUGGAAAGAUGACAUGGGAAGAAGAGGACAUUGUAACCAACUACAAGACCAUUCAUUCCAUGCUACUGUCUGAGCUGCCUAACUGCAUUUCACUGUCCUAUCAGCUGCUUCAUAACAUUUUCCUUAGUUUUAUUGCUGUGCAGAAAGAUUUAGCUGUUCAAGGAUGUUUUGCAGCAGAAGAACAUUCUUCUCAGAUGCAGUGCAGUACAGUCCCUGAGCCCCAAUUUAGGAAAUGGGUUGAAGACUGUAUCAGUUAUUCAAUUUUACAGCUAAAUGAAUUCACAAAAAAAUUUGAAGAGCAAUUGCCAGUUCCCGUGCCACAGGAGCACCUUCCAAUCAUUGAACGUCAAGUCCAGCAACUACUGAAACAAUACAGUCCUCAAAAGCUCUACCAGGUGAUGAGCGCUGUGAAGAGCACCCGUGAAAUGGAACUUACACUUAGACGUGGUGAAGUGGUGGCGGUUAUCCAAUUUGCAGAUACCAAAGGAAGUCAAACCAGAUGGCUUGUUGACACUGGAGGGUUAAGGGGAUAUGUUCCCUGCAGCAUACUACAGCCAUACCAGGAAACUCAUAGUCUGACACAUUCACAAAGUCCAACACAUAACCUAGGGGCAAUAAAGACUGUAGGAGUAAGGAGACAUACUGUUGCAUCCCCAGUGUGCCCAUAUCCAACUUUCACACAACCCCAGAUUGUCGCAGGGUAUUCCUUUACAGCUCGCAGCCAGCAUGAAGUCAGCAUUACACAGGGGGAACCAGUGAAUGUUCUGGAGCCACAUGACAAAAAUGGAAGCCCAGAUUGGAGCUUAGUAGAAGUGAAUGGACAAAGGGGCUACGUACCUUCCAACCACCUACUGAGAUUACCUAUGCAAGAACUCGAUCGGAGGACUUCAAUAGGGAAUUAUACACAGCUAAGAAUGUAGAGUUAGUGUGGAGCACCUAUGGAAAUCCUUGGAUACUUAACAGUUACAUCUUAAUUUAUAUUGAUGCUACUGAUUCAACAGACUUUAUAAAGACUAUAACUGCGAGAUAUGUGCUAACGAAACACAUAUGAUACUAUCUGUACGCUGCAGCUUAAUCCUUCAUGUCAUAAAGUAUGCAAGAGACUCUAUGUAAUGUGAACACUGGAAGAACCUUAAACCUGUACAGUAAAUAGUUGAACUCUUUAAGUUGCUUUCUCUACUACACUCAUCUUCCUUAAAGAAAAACCUGUAUGAAUUUGCAAUUUAGAAUUUAACAAAUUGUUAUUAAAGGAAGGGUCACGUGUGCCAUAUUUUGCUGCGUAUUUGCUGCUGCAUAUUUUCCUUUCCAUUAAAGUCAAUGGGUAGGAAAAUACACAGCUAAUUUUGCUACCCAUUGAUUUUAAAGGGGUAUUCCAGGAAAAAAAUGUUUUAUAUAUCAUCUGGCUCCAGAAAGUUAAACAGAUUUGUAAAUUACUUCUAUAAAAAAAUCUUAAUCCUUCCAAUAAUUAUCAGCUGCUGAAGUUGAGUUGUUCUUUUCUGUCUGGCAACAGUGCUCUCUGCUGACAGCUUGUUUCGAGAACUGCACAGAGUAGAAGAGGUUUGCUAUGGGGAUUUGCUUCUACUCUGGACAGGUGUCAUCAGAGAGCACUUACACAGAAAAGAACAACUCAAUUUUAGAAGCUCAUUAGUAUCUGUUUAACUUUCUGGAGCCAGUUGAUAUAAAUAUAUAUAAAACAUUUUUUUCCUGGAUAACCCCCUUUAAUGGGUAGAAAAAUACACACAGCAAAUACGCAGCAAAAUACAGCUCCCUACCCUUAAAAAUAGAAUGAGGCUACUUUUUCACCAGAAAGAAUAAUCACUGCAUGACUACUUGAUGAUGUAAGGCAAUGUACUAAACAAUUAAAUCAUUC